AUUCCUUAACAUGCACUUCGCGUGAUUAGGACAUUCUUAUCGUCACUGCAAGGUUCUCUGGUUACCUUGACGACUGAGAGAAGACUAGUUAUUAGGUAUGUAAUUCCUAUCGAUGUAACAGACAUUUCGAAGCCAAAAAUUCAGGUGCAUUUAUAUCACGGCUACAGAAAAGGACUAAACAGGACAAGAUGACAAGUAUCUACUCGGAAUCUGUGCAUGAGCAGAGUGAAGGAAGUGAUGUGAUAAUUGAAACAGCUUCAUUCCUGGGCACUAUGAAUUGUGGCACAGGUUGUGGUUUUGCAGAUAUAAGUAACCGUGCUGCAGAUGAGAAGACGAGGAAAGAUUCAAUUAGAAAGCUUGCAACAGCUGUGAUAUUCUGUGUGAUCUUUAUGACUGUGGAAAUGGUGGGAGGAAUCAAAGCAAACAGCCUGGCAGUUAUGACUGAUGCUGCUCAUUUACUAACAGAUGUUGCAGGGUUUGCAAUAUCUCUGUUUUCAAUAUGGGCAUCGAGCUGGGAAGCAACACCUCGCCAGUCAUAUGGCUUUCAUCGAAUUGAGAUUUUAGGGGCACUUGUGUCAAUUCAACUCAUUUGGCUUCUCACAGGGGUUCUUAUCUGGAGUGCUAUUGACAGGUUGCGUCACGAUACAGUUUCUGUUAAUGGUGCCCUUAUGUUUAUUAUUGCUACAAUUGGACUUGUUGUAAAUAUUAUCAUGAUUUUCUUGCUUGGUCAUGGCCAUGAUCAUGAUCAUGGUGAUGGUCACAGUCACAGUCACAGUAAAGGGCACUCCCAUGAUCAUGGGCAUGAUCAUGUUGAGAAGGUUAAGCACAGCCAUCAACAUGGCCAUAGUCAUAAAGUUAAGCAUGCUCAUGAACAUGCCCAUAAGCACAAAGAUGUCCAAAGAGGUGGUGUUCAUGAACAUGGUCAUCAUGACAAAACAGGACUGUCCAAACCUUUGCUUCUUGAUGUAGAAAGGGACGAGCAUUCAGUUCAUGAUGUUCAUGAUCAUGAUGUUCAUGAUCAUAAUGUUCAUGAUCAUGAUGUCCAUUCAUCUGCUACAGAUGAAAGACAGCCAGAGGGAAACAAGGUUCAUAAAGGGUUCAAUAUAAACGUUCAGGGUGCCUAUAUUCAUGUGUUGGGGGAUUUGAUUCAAAGCAUCGGUGUCAUGAUUGGAGGAGCAAUCAUUUGGAUAUAUCCUAAAUUGCACAUUAUUGAUUUAAUAUGUACUCUAUUUUUCUCAUUAGUUGUACUGGGAACCACUAUAAAGAUGUUGAGAAGUGCAUUGGAGGUUUUGAUGGAGAGUACACCUCGUGAGAUAGAUGCUACAGAACUUGAAGAAGGGUUGUGUUCAAUUCCUGGUGUUUUAACAGUGCAUGAACUACAUAUUUGGGCUAUUACAGUUGGAAAAGUCUUACUUGCAUGCCAUGUGAGGAUUCAAUCAGAUGCAAAUGCUGAAAUGGUUCUCCAUAGGGUAAAGACCUAUAUUGAGAGCGAGCACAACAUUAGUCACAUCACUGUGCAAAUUGAGCGUGAGACGUGAUAGACAUUUAUCUGCAAUAUGUAUGAGUAUCAUCUUUCAUCUGUAGUGGUUCCAUAUUUAAUUGUGGUUCCUGUUUACACACUUUGGUUUUCCUUCUAAUUAGAACUUUGAUUUGAAAUUAACAGAAUGAGAAAAAUGCCAUGCUACUGGGGAAAUUUCAAUAACUAUUUGUAUGAUCAUUUCAUUGGAUAUUUAGGGUUUUUAAUUCA